UUUUUUUUUUUUUUUUUUUUUUUUUACUCUGCAUUUGUUCUAUGUCGGUUGCUGCUUUAUGGGCCUGCGCAUCUGCUUCUUUCCCAAUUUCAAGGGCUUGGCUUCCUUGUAAACAACUGCAAAUAUAUCAAUCAUGUCGAAUUUCGAAUAAUUUGGGCAAUGACCAGAAUUUGAUCAUUGAUUGCAGUGUUAACUUUCAAACCCAGUUCGGAGCGGGGGAACAUAGUUCGCAAUACAGUACUCAUGAUUAUCCAGACAGGAAUGAAAGGACCGGGGCGUUGACACAGCGGUCACUCAUUUCACUCGAGAUGACAUCACUGUAGGGAAGAAUGCAGUAGUUGCCCGUGCUCAAGGUAAUAUUGUUGCCAUUAUUGGUAGAUACCAUGGUGAAUUUUGUGUUGGUCCCCAGGGUCUGACACCCAGCUUUUGAAACCUCCAAACUCUUUGCCUGCGCCUGAACAAUUAGUAGCGGUGUAGUAAGUAACAGACCACAGAGCAGACGCUGACGUGGC